CCUAUAAAGGAGCAGCAUGUCUAUUAUCCGAGGAGGAUCAUACUGAUCUGUGCUGGAGCCGGAUUCUCGGGUUUGACUUUGGCUCACAAGAUCAAGCAUGAGAUGAGACUUGGGGAUAUUAUACACUUUGUGAUUUAUGAAAAGAACCACGACGUCGGAGGGACGUGGCUUCAAAAUAUAUGCCCGGGUGUCGCUUGGUGUGUAUUCACAUACUAGAGCAGGACUGUGGCUAACAGACUGUCUGAACAUUAGUGAUGUCCCCGCACACGCUCACACCUUUCUUUUUGAACCGAAUCCGAACUGGUCCCAUUUCUAUGCCCCAGGCUCAGAGAUCCAAGACUAUAUCAAGAAUACAGCACGGAAAUGGCGCCUCGAUGACCAUAUCGAGUUCAAGUCUCAUGUGGUGGAGUCGCUUUGGAAUGAGACCACUGGUAAAUGAAAAGUCAAAUUAGUUUAGGUUGGCAAAAUCAAGGACGAUGAAGCCGAUAUUUUUGUCAGCGCAACAG